AUGGCGUCUGGUUGCAAGAUUGGCCCAUCCAUCCUCAACAGUGACCUGGCUAGUUUAGGGGCCGAGUGCCUCCGGAUGCUGGACUCUGGGGCCGAUUAUCUGCACCUGGAUGUAAUGGACGGGCAUUUUGUUCCCAACAUCACCUUUGGUCACCCUGUGGUAGAAAGCCUCCGAAAGCAGCUAGGCCAGGACCCUUUCUUUGACAUGCACAUGAUGGUGUCCAGGCCAGAACAGUGGGUAAAACCAAUGGCUGUAGCAGGAGCCAAUCAAUAUACCUUUCAUCUCGAGGCUACUGACAACCCAGGAGCUUUGAUCAAAGACAUUCGGGAGAAUGGAAUGAAGGUUGGCCUUGCUAUCAAACCAGGAACUUCAGUUGAGUAUUUGGCACCAUGGGCUAAUCAAAUAGAUAUGGCCUUGGUUAUGACAGUGGAACCUGGGUUUGGAGGGCAGAAAUUCAUGGAAGAUAUGAUGCCAAAGGUUCAUUGGUUGAGGACCCAGUUCCCAUCUUUGGACAUUGAGGUGGAUGGGGGAGUAGGUCCUGACACCAUCCAUAAGUGCGCAGAGGCAGGAGCUAACAUGAUUGUGUCUGGAAGUGCCAUUAUGAGGAGUGAAGAUCCCAGAUCUGUGAUCAACCUGUUAAGAAACGUUUGCUCAGAAGCUGCUCAGAAACGUUCUCUUGAUCGAUGA